CCAAUAUUACUGAACAUAGAUAACGAACUCGUCUAUAACAGGUUUUACAAGGACUUCGGGCCGCUCAACUUGGCACAGAUCACAACAUACCUACUCGAAUUGAGAUCUUUACUCGAAAGCGGCGCUCGGGAGGAUAGAUUAGUGGUACACUACUGCAGCAGUCACCCAGAGAAGC